AUGGCGUCGCGAUACUCGCAACUCAACAGCAGCCCAAGGGCUCCGAGGCGAUCGCUGUUCAUUGCCAUUUCGGCAAUCUCCUUGUUCAUACUGGCAGUAUUUGCUGCUUCCAACUUCAACGGCCCCGUCAGAUCCAAGUCUUUCAAAAUUCCAGAGAAUAAUCUUCACGAGUCCCUACUCGCCAAGACGCGCGCGACGGGAACAGGAGACAAGUAUCUGCUGGGCGUUGGCAAGGCCGACAUCACUGGACCUGCUGUCGAGAUCAAUUUUGCAGGCUAUGCCGAUACCGCUCAGACAGGUACCGGUAUCCGCCAACGCAUCUACUCACGGGCUUUCAUCAUUGGCGAUGUGAACAACCCAGACGACCGCUUCGUCUAUAUUAUCCUUGACACCCAGUCUGGUGACACGGCAAUCCGAUAUGGCGUCUUGGAAGGCGUGGCUGCUCUUGGCUCGGAAUACUCUGUUUAUGGCCAGUCCAAUAUCGCGCUGACGGGGACGCACUCCCACUCUGGUCCCGGAGCCUGGUUCAACUAUCUGCUCCCGCAGAUCACCAGUCUGGGAUACGAUGAGCAGAGUUACCAAGCCAUUGUUGAUGGAACUGUUCUUUCCAUUCAGCGUGCUCAUGAGUCUCUCGAAGAGGGUUAUCUCGAUUUUGGUACUGUUGACAUUGAUGACGGUAAUCUCAGCCGAAGCUUGUACGCCUACAUGGCCAACCCAGAGACUGAGAGGGCUCAGUAUUCCGACACAGUCGAUAAGACGAUGACCGUCCUCAAAUUCCAGCGUGCCUCUGAUAGCAAGAACAUUGGUAUUCUGACCUGGUUCCCCGUGCAUGGUACCUCCAUGCUGGGAAACAACACUCACGUGUCUGGAGACAACAAGGGCGUCGCGGCCGUCAUGUUUGAGAAGAACAUCGCCAGUGACGACAGCGCUGCUGAUGACUUUGUGGCUGGCUUCUCGCAGGCCAAUGUUGGAGAUACUACACCAAAUGUCUUGGGUGCUUGGUGUGACGAUGGAUCAGGACAGCAAUGUAGCUACGAAAACAGCACUUGUGCCGACGGAAAAUCGCAGUCUUGUCAUGGUCGAGGUCCCCUUUUCCAGAAUGUCGAUCUAGGCGUCACAAGCUGCUAUGACAUGGGACGUCGCCAAUAUGCAGGAGCCCAGUCGGUUUACGAUUCCUUCUCUUCUUCUGGCACACCCGUUGUAGGAACUUCUGUCAAGUCGUUCCACUUUUACCAAAACAUGUCGUACUACCAGUUUCCCCUCGACAAUGGCACUGUCGUCCAGAGCUGCCCGGCCGCUCUGGGGUAUUCAUUUGCUGCAGGAACUUCUGACUGGCCUGGAGCCUUUGACUUUACCCAAGGGGACUCGGGCAGCCCGAGCGCAAACCCCAUCUGGGCGAUCGUGAGCGGUCUACUGAAGGAGCCUUCUCCAGCGCAGAAGGCUUGUCAGGGCCAGAAGCCGGUUCUGCUGGAUGUGGGCGAGCUCGACACGCCUUAUGCCUGGAGCCCGAACAUUGUUGAUGUACAGCUUCUCCGCGUCGGUCAGUUCGUCAUCAUCGUCAGCCCGAGCGAGGCCACCACCAUGGCGGGUAGGCGCUGGAGAAACGCCGUCAAGGAGGCUGCUGCCGACAUCAUCACGGACACGGAGCCUGUUGUGGUGCUUGGAGGCCCGGCCAACACAUAUGCUCACUACGUAGCCACAACCGAAGAAUACAACAUCCAACGGUACGAAGGCGCAUCGACUCUCUACGGCCCAUAUGAGCUCAACGCCUACAUCAACCUCACCGUCAGCAACAUCCAGUACUUGGCCCCAUCGGCCACUUCUUCUCCGCCCCCGGGACCCUCGCCGCCUGACAACCGGGACAACUCGCUGAGCUUCAUCACGGGCGUCGUCUUUGACGCGGCGCCAAUCGGUUCCUCCUUUGGCGACGUGACGGGCCAGCCGGCUGCCUCGUACGCGCGGGGCGCCGUUGUCAACGCGACCUUUGUGGGCGCCAACCCGCGCAACAACCUGCGGCUCGAGGGCACGUACGCAGCAGUCGAGCGGCUGGACAAUGGUGAUACUUGGACCCAGGUCCGCGACGACAGUGACUGGUCCCUCGUCUACACCUGGACUCGGACCAACACCAUACUCGCCUACAGCGACGUCACCAUCAGCUGGGAGACGGAGACUGAUGCCGACGCCGGCACAUACCGCAUCAAGUACUAUGGCGACUGGAAGAACCUCAUCGGGGGAGGGAUCACGGCGUUCGAGGGCGCGAGCGACACUUUCACGCUGACUUGA